AUGACCCUCCCUGGAGCCCCAAUAAUUUCUCUUGGAGCCGGCCUAGAAAACCGUCGCUUCAAAGAACUAGCCUAUGAAGCCGGACUCCGCGUCAAGAAAUUCUCUGCCAGAACUGAUGUUCUUGUAUCGACCAGUGUGUUAGAUCCGGACUAUCGGGUGGCCGUUUCGCUUGGAAUUCCGAUAGUACGUCCAGUUUUUAUAGAAUACGCUUCAGGCUUUGCUGAUUUCCGGUUGAGCCCCGAUAUUGUAGCAAAAAGCCGUCUCCCUCGUUUUGCUGGCUCUCGUGUUUUUCUAGCACUUUUCCUGGGAGAAGCGGCCGAAUCAAAGAAGGAACUUAUUGAAGAACACGGUGGGUCCAUCUGUCAGUCUGCCUUGGAUGCGACGCAUGUUGUUGUACCAAUCGGAGAAGAUUAUCCAACGAAUGGGUUACAAUAUGUUGUUACCGAACAAUGGAUAUCCGAAUCCUUAAACCUCGGAUGGUGCGCUAAUGAAAAAUUGUUCCCGGCUUCUGGCCGAUCAGGGAAGUUGAUUCGACGCGAUGCCCUUCGCAGAGGAAAUUGUGAAGCAGCAAGUAAGAAGAUUCCAAGCAGCUUCCGCAAACUGAAAAUCUGGAAAAGCGAUCGUUCUGACACAAUGAAAUACAAGCGAUACACACAGGCCGGGGAACUUUACAAAAGUGAAACAGAAACCCUGAAAAAGUUGGAUGCUUUGAAGCGGGAGCUGUACAACGUACAUUCACGGAUCGUGGAAAAACUGGCAAAAGUUUUUGCAACUUGGGCUGAUGAUAGUGUGAUUGGAUUGAUUUUUAUUGAGGAAAGCGACGCUUUAGCGGCUGCUUAUACUCCAUAUCUGGUCGGUCUACAGUAUGCACAAGAUUGCUUGAAAAAAGCUACACAACGGAGUCCGAAAUUUAAGGCGUACAUCCAGAAAUGUGAAUGCGACCGGAUGCUAGGAAGGAGCAAGAUAAGCGAACUUGUUUCCGCACCUUAUCAAGAAUUGACAAACAAAAUCAACGUAUUACUGCGAGAACUACUAAAAAACACUGCCGAAAAUAUGCCGGACUUUGCUUCCUUACGCCAGGCCGUCAACUGUAUUACCGGAAUUUUAGAACAAGUCAAUGAACUCAAACGCGCUAAUUCAGAAGCGGAAACUGUUUUUAGACAGAUUGAGAAUAUUCCGGCAAAUCGUUUUGAUACUUCAAGAUCUUUCAUGGUCGAAACCGUACAUUAUGACAUUGCAUCCCAAGCUCAAAAGGAGCAAUUAAAGAAGCUCGUCUCGAUUCCGAGUUUUAAUUCAACGGAUUCCCCAAUUGUCAAGCUGAGGACGUUUUCGAAGAGGUUGAGUCGCCGAAAAGCCAAGUCGGCUGUAGAUUUGCAGACAACAUUCAAUCUAACGCGUACCCUCAGCACUUUUGGAAUCCACUCCCAUCUACCAGAUCUGAUUCCGGAUGAAACCGAACACUUCAGCAACUACCUCGAGCCAAUCCUCCACGACGAAGCCCUUAUUUAU